UGUAGCUUGGCUUGGUUGUGUGUGUAUAGACUCCGCUUUGAGCGUGUCGGCUCUCAUCUUAUCCAACUACUUGUUUCUUUAUAUACAUAGAAAGUGAGACUUUUCUAACGUGAGCCGGCUGUUUUGAAUUCAAAAUGGCCGCGGGUUCAACAGAAACAUUUGCUUCGGCAUCUCAAGCAUUGGGAUGUUUUAAUGCCAGCUUAUUGAAACAAGAUAAAUUCUGGACAGCUGAAGUGAUGGCCACUGCAUCAACCGGUAGUUUUUGGGAAGAUGAUCCAGAAGAAGCUGCAAAGAAGAGGGUGAACGAAUUGAAACGAAUAUUUCACAGUGGCCGGCAGCUUCAAAUCAAACAUUUACCACGCGACGUUACGGAAGAGGAAAUCCGUGAGCUCCUGUCAGACUUUCCUGUACAGUCAGUACAACUGCAGGGUGGUACUGGUUCAGGAAUGGCUCGUGCCAUUUUGGAAGACCCAGAGAUGCUGGAAGACUGGGACCGUGAUCGAGCAUUCCAUCUUCGUGGGCAGAGAGUGCCUGUUUCUCCCACACCAACUGAGAUGAUGCUUUGUGUUGCCCGUUUACCGCUCACAUACACAGAAACACAGUUCACUGCUCUUGUUAAGACAUAUGGUGACAUCUGUCGAAGUUUCCUCAUGAUUAGUGAGAAGACAGGAGACAGCAAAGGUUAUGGUUUUGUGGAGUACACAACAAAAGAGGCAGCUCUUCAGGCGAAGAACAUGUUAGAUGGGAAACAAGUGGAAAAUUGGAUUCUGUGUUGUGAUUGGUUGGACUCAAGUCACAUCACAUUUGACUCCCUCCAUUCCAAGUGCCUCUAUGUUGACAAGCUACCAAAAGAUUUUCGUGACAUGGGUGAAUUUAGGAAGGUAUUUGGAUCUGUUGUCAACCCACCAUAUUGUCAGAUUGCUCUGAAAAAUGGCUGUCCACAAGACUGGGGUCUUGUUGAGUACAGCACAAGUGAAGAUGCAGAGACUGCACAAACAACACUUAAUGGCUUCUCCCUUCAUGGUCAAAACAUUCGCAUUUGCUAUUACAUCCCAGGUGUUAGGGCUAUCAAUUUGUACCUCAAGCUCCUCAAUGAUUCAGGUAACAAGGGGAAGGCAACUGGGUUACUGCCAGACCCACCAGCACCUGCUGUGUUCCAGCAACUACAAAGUCUUUCUAAGCAAAAUCCUGUGUUUGCCCAGAGUCUUCAAAAUAUAAUCUGGACACAAAUUCAGGCACUGCAGAGUGGUGCUGAAAAUGGCAAAAAGAACAGUGUUAAUGGUGCUCCACCAGCUAAGGGUAAACCUUCAGGUGGAAACAUGCCAGGAGGCCCCAUUAAUCCAGUUCCCACUUCGAGUAGUUCAUCAGCUCCGCUUGGACCAGUGGCAGACAAUGCCCAAGCAGCACUGGUGAUAUUACUAGCAGCUCAGAUGCAAGCACAGAUGGGAAGCAAUCACCCGUCACUUCUGGGGAACCCACAGAUGUUGGCAACUUUGCAGAACCUUAUCAGACAGCAUCAGAGUGCCCCAGGGCAAGGUCCAGGACAUGGACCAAAUGCUUCAGCUUCAAACCCCAGUUUAAUUGCCAUGCAGACACCCACCAUGGCUCCUCCUCCUGCCUCACAUUACCAGUUCCCACAAAAUCAUGGCAAUCUUCCAGACACCAGGAAAGUUUUGCAUGCCAGUGGAAUGAAAAAUGGAUUUAUGAAGCCCAAUCCACCACAAAAAGUGCCAUUGUUGCCCAAUCCAUCAGCAGCCAGUAUGAGCCCACCUCCAGGUGAAGUAGCUCCCUGUCCACCAUUCCCGAGCCCAGCAUUGGAAGAUGCAACAAAUGCAGGCAUUCUGGGCAUGCCUCACCUUCCUGCUCAGGUUCCCAUUCAGGAUCCUACAAAUUUUUGGAAUGGUAUUCUUAGUCAGAUCCAGAACCAGCAACAGACUCUGAAUUUGCCACCAUUAGAUCCAAAUCUUGUUGUAAAAAAUGGCUUCUUUGAGUAUGGCCUGGGAGGGCCCAAGAGUCCUCUUCAUACAGAUAAGUCCAGCAGCACUCAUUUUCAACAGCAAGUUUCUUCUGGUGCAACAAAGCUACCAUCUCAUUCCCACACACUCAAUCAAAAUGGAGGUAUGUUAUUUUCAGACACUUUACCUGGAGAAUUGCAGCAAUCCAUCAACACCUUCCUUAGCAAUACCCACAACUUGAACCAGCUUUUGGGGUCCUUGACAAGUGCCACCCAGACCAAUGGGACAGCUACAACUGGAGGGAUACCUGCCCAACGCCAUGUUAUGACAAAUCCCCCAGGUUUUCCAUUCAUUGGUCAACCAGGGCCAAUGCUGCAAACUGUUCAGCCUGGCCCUCCACCUCAGCCUCAAGCAGAACAAACUUGGACCAUGUCUGUGGCUCCCCCUACUACUACCAGACCACAGCCGGUGGUCACCAUGGCAGGGGCACGGCCUAUUCUAGGCAGCCCUGUAGCUGGCGGACGUUCCAUCCUCAGUACGCCAGUGCCUGCAGGCCGUCCCAUACUGGGAAGUCCAGUGCCUAUGCCAGUUCCUCCACCCAAGUCCCUGGGGUUCCUAGAUGUGAAGCCUGGGCAGAUACAGCCAUCACCAUUCCAGAAUGGAUGGGCCCCUGGUACAUUCCUUACUUCAACAAUUCCUGGUGGCACCCCUACACAGUACGGAACAUAUUCUGUUCCAAGUCUGGUGCCUAAUUUAUGGUCUCAUCCUGGAAGCCCCAUUCUCAUUGCCUCACCUCCUGGACCACCUGCUGCAGGCCUUGUUACACCCAUUGGGCAGAAAAGAAAAUACAACCGCUUGUUGCCAUCACCUGAACCCAGUCCUGAGGGUAACUACAUAGGCCAGCAUUCCCAAGGGCUGGGAGGACAUUAUGCAGACUCCUACUUCAAACGGAAGAAGAAGAACUAAAUGAGCACUGACUGAGCUCUACUUUCAUUCUGUCAUGUAUAUGCAUUUGUACAAUUUUAAAGCCUGAUUUCAAGGUCUUGGCUGUCAGUGGUGUUUAAUUUCAUUUAAUUGUAUGUAAUUGCAACAGAAGUAGAACCAAAGCACUGUACAUACUGGACAUGGUGAAUGAGUGAACUCACAAAAAGAGAAAGGAAAGCAUACAUACUCAUUCCCUCUCGUCAUUUUUCACCCACUGACUCAUGCUACAUUCAUUCCAGUAGUUCAAAAUAUGAAUUUAUGACCUUGAAUGCAGUGCAGCUGAAACAGAAAGUGCCUUCAUUUGUGAUGCAGUAUAUUUUGUUAUUUAUUUUAGAGUAAGUUUUAUCACUAUUGAAGAGUAAGAGUUACACAAAGAAGAUAAAAUGUUUAAAAUAAAAGUGAUAUUUUUGUUAGAAAGUGUACUUUGUUCCAGUAGUGGUGUGGUUGCAAUUUAGGAGUCUUCACAUCACUUGUGUGUAGCUUAAUUAAUGUGUAUUGUGUGAUUUUGGGACUUCUUGAACAACUGUCUAAGCGUGUAGUGCUGCUGUAAGCUUUGAUAUCUUGAUACUUGUACUGUACUAAAUAUCAAGCAGUUGCACUUCUGACAUCACAAAGCACAAUAGAAGAAUAAUCUUGUUUGACUGUCUUCACUGCUGUUCAUAUCACAAACAUCACAUCCAGAAAAAGUGUUCCCCCAUUUUUAUUUAUUUAUUUUUCCGUGAACUUUACUGCAUGAAACCCAGCCAUUUUAUGCAGUUUAUUUUCGUACUUAUUCCAUCUGUUUAGAGGAGACCAUAUGGACUAAGUAUGAGACUUAAAGGAACAGUUCAUAUUCCACCAGUAAAGUGUUGUGUAUGUUACUUCCUUUGUUGAUUCUUCUUCUUCAUAUGUGUAGUGUUUCAUAUGAUGUUUAUUAAGUGGUAGGAUCUCAUUUACAUGUUAUAUGUAGCAUUUUAAUUUCAAGUCACACAUUCAUUACUCAAGAAUAUAAUUGUGUAUCAGUAUAUAUAUAUAUUGGGAAUUUAUCAUUAUUGUGGUUUUGUUAAUGUAGCUUUGAAUGUUUUCAUAGCCUCCAAGUGAAAGGCUCAAAUUUAAUUUUAUACAUAAAAGUUAAUGCAAUUUUUAAUUUGGAAUAUGGAUAAACACCAUUUGUGAAUUUGCUCUGUGUUAAUAUACUAAUGAAAGAAAUCUGCCCACAAUAUAUUGUGCUAGAGCAAAGACAAAGUUAGGGAGGACCUGCUGGUAUAGCCUUUGAGUGAGUGUUCUACACCCUUCAAAAUACCUGUUGCGUGCAGAAUUUAUUUUGUGUGAAUUUGGAUUAUUGUUACUUAUAAUUCAUUUGUUGUGAACAAUACCAAGCAGUUUUGUUCAUUACUUGCUUAAUGCUUCAGUUGUAGAGAUUUACAAAACUUUGUAAUGCUAUUCUGUAGUUUCUGUUGUGGAAAUGUACACAAAUAUUUUAAGGUACUCACAAAGUGGAUAAAAUAUUUGUGUAAUAUUACUUUCCAUUUCCUCAGUGUGAUCCUUGUAUUAAACAGGAGCUGUUGAGUUUUUACUUAUGACCUUACCAGAUAUAGAUUAGUUUGUUGGACAUUGUCCAUUAUCUAAUGUAAGCAGAGGUAUACUGUUUCAUGUGUGGUUGUAUUUUGCACCUGUCCAUAGUACUAACCUAGCAUAUUAAACCAUUUUUAUAAGUAACGGAAAGACAUUUUGUUGGGCUCAGUAUUCAAUAUUGUACUUAUAUAUGUUUGUGAAUUAUCAUAUUUCAUGUUCUUAUUGCAUCUAUCACCCCCUUUUAGUUCACACUGCUGAAUCUCAAUAAAAUAUGACACUUCAUUUCACUGUUUUUUGUACACUCAACUCACAGCAUCCACAUUUCACUUGCUCUUGUGUCCAAGCCUAAUUUUUUCAUCAGUGAUGAACAAUAAUUUUUAUUCUGUGAUUCAUAUUUAUAUGUUGAAAAUAUCUCAUUUCUCUCUGUAGGCAAUAUAUGAAAUAUCACAUUGUGAGUUUGUUUAGUUAGUUAUUACUGUUACAGAAUUAUGCAUAGAAGUGAAAGGUUUUGAAAAUAUGAAAAUUUCUUUUUCAUCACUGAUAUAACAAUUUUGGGCCUUUCUGUUAUGAUCAUGAAAAAUUACACUUUUCAAAAGUUGAUUUUUCUAAUUUGAUGUAAACCACAGAAUUUUUAUUGAAUUUUUUAAAAUGGUAAAUAUGUAAGUAAAAUGUGGCAUAUCUGACUUUUAGGUGUGUUAAAGGGGCACAUGAAAAGUUAAAUAGUUCUGUCUAGUGUGACUGGUGGAGAUUUUUCUUAUUUCAGUUAUUUAUGCC